AUGUUUGACGUCAAAUUCCUGCGACCGUGUGUCAGCUUCAAACAUGGCUUCUAGGUUGGAGAUUAAUUUCAUUAGAUUGUUGUCCCGCUGUGAGUCGAUAGCAUCGGAAAAACGAGGAGAGACGGAAUGGAGGUUAGAAAAGUAUGUUGGUGCCCUGGAGGAGAUGUUGGUGGCUCUGAGGAAAAGCCCAAGCAAACCAACACCAGAGCUCCUGACUGAAUACACCAGGAAAGUAGAUUUUCUGAAAGGGCUUCUAGAGGCUGAAAAACUGGCUUCACCAACCGAAAAGGCUUUAGCUAAUCAGUUCCUUGCCCCUGGCCGAACACCAACAAUAGCCAAUGAGAGGAUGCCUGCCUCUAAAACGGUCCACAUGCAGACGAAGGCCCGCUGUACAGGAGAGAUGAGGAAUGAGCUGCUCGGCAAGUCAUUAGGCAAAGAAAUGUCAGAUGGGGACUUGAGAAACAGAAGAGGUCUCCCUCUGGAUGAGCGUCAGUCUGCUGCUGAGCUGGAUGCUGUACUGCAGCAUCAUCACAACUUGCAGGAGAAACUAGCUGAGGACAUGCUCAACCUGGCCAGAAAUCUGAAGAACAACACUCUGGCAGCACAAAACAUCAUCCGACAGGACAACCAGACCCUGAGCCAGUCCAUGCGUCAGGCAGACCUGAACUUUGAGAAGCUGAAGACUGAAUCGGAGCGGUUGGAGCAGCAAGCCAAGAAGUCUGUGAACUGGCUGCUGUGGCUGAUGCUAAUCCUAGUUUCCUUCAGUUUUAUCAGCAUGAUCCUCUUCAUCAGAAUCUUUCCCAGACUCAGAUGAUGAUUGUGCACACCCUGAACUCUAGAUUUGACAUCCUCCUGUGUUUACAAGAGUAGCAGCUGUGUAGGCCUCCGUAGAUCCAUACAGCACGUCUGUAUGUGCGGUGCAGAUCAGUAGUGGUCAGAACCAACAUAAACCAGUUUAAUGGAUGCAAAUAUUUGCACUUUUGAAGGUGUGUCCUCCUCUGAACAUGUUAUAAAACAUCAGUAUUCCUUCUUUUAAACCAAGCAGGAGGACUUGAAGUGAGCUAAAGAGCUACUAAAGGGGGGUUCAGGAAUAAGUUUUGGGAGAGAGCCUUAAUUAUUUUAAUCCUGCAUCAGGUAGGCUAACAGCCAUUAAACAUGUAUGCACUAAAGGCAGAUUACUUCCUACUGUGUAUUCAUCAAAGAGCAUUCAUGAUCUACUUUCAUUUGUCGCGUCAGGUCUUAAUGGGUUAAAUUGAACAUCGGGUCUAAAAUAAUCUGAAUUAAUAAAUGGCUCUUUAGUUAUAUCCACUGUUUAGUCUUUAGGCAUCUGAACGUUUAAUAACUGGUGUGUAACUCAUCUUGAAAUUGUAAUCAGAUACAAUGUGUGGACUCCUUGAAGUUGUUAAUAACAUAUUUGUGUUUAUACACCAGCUUCCCUAUACAGCUGUUGCCACAAACACAUCUGCUAAAAAACUAUGCUGUAGUGCACAAUAAUCCACUUCCAACAUGUUGCUAAUUACUUUACUGAAAUGAGGUUUAGUCUGUGCUGUUCUUUUAACUCACCUCUCUGUUUAUUUCCAGUGUUGUCAGUCUUGUUAAAUGUUGAAGCGUUUGUUGGCUGACUCCAUACAUAUUCAUCUGGUUAUGGUGUUUGUUGUGGUUAGUGAUAACUCCUGAGGCUGAAGGUGUUGAUGAGAUGAGGUUUAGUAACUGUAAUGCCAUAUCCAUUCCCAUGUGAGAAUUCACAUGACACGUUGAGUGAAGGUUGUGAGUUUGUGAUGAUAAAAACUGAUUCACAAAGAUUAUUAAAAAUGAUUCAGUUUACUGUCACUGGCUUCCUAGUUUUGUUUGAAGGAUUUCCUGAUCUGGAGCUACUUCCUGCAAUGACACCAUGUGGCCACUGUGUGUCAGUCAUGAGCUGUUGUUAUCGACUAACAACGACCUCCUUGACCCUGUAAUGUCCUGAUCAGCCCGG